AUGGCAACACUGAGCCUUCAGCUCUCGCCCAUCAAUGCUCAAAACCCUGGCCAGAGACAAAGGAGCUGGAACAGCCUUCCGGGCUCGACCCGUUUUCCUUUUGCUACGGGCCCGUCUUUCCUGACCCGCAAAGUUCGACACAAUUGCACAAUAAUGCAAGUAGCUGAAGAAGAGUUCGAGGUGAAGCAAAUGAGGGAUAUGGCUGCUGCUAGAAAGAGAUGGGAAGCUCUGGUCAGGGAUGGGAAAGUCAAAGUUCUAACUCCAAGAGAAGCUGGAUAUGCUAUUCAACUCUCUAACAAAACCUUACUUGAUGUCCGUCCUUCUACUGAACGUAAGAAGGCAUGGGUCAAAGGUUCUGAUUGGAUUCCAAUAUUUGAUGUUGAUGGCGGAUUGGAUCCUGGUUCUCUUUCAAGGAAGAUCACAGGAUUCAUGAUGGGAGGAUGGUGGAGUGGCAUCCCGGCAUUAUCCUUCGAUAAGUAUGUUACUUUCUAUCCUUGCAGAUCCCUUGCAGCUUGUGAGUUAUUGCAUAAUGCUGGUUAUGAAAAUCUAUUCUGGGUUCAAGGUGGUCUUGAGGCUGCUGAAGAUGAGGAUCUUGAAAGGGAUGGCCCACAGCCCUUUAAACUUGCAGGAAUUGGUGGGCUUUCGGAAUUCCUCGGGUGGACCGAUCAGCAAAGAGCUUUAGCUUCCAAGGAAGGCUGGGGCUACCGAUUAGUUUUUUCUGCUCGUUUGAUUGGGCUCUUUCUCGUUGCUGAUGCGCUAUUUCUCGGGGUGCAGCAAGUCGGCCAUUACAUCCAGGACUUCAGAUCUCACUGA